GUGAAUGCAGCCUAAAAACAAAAGUCAGCUGUCACAUUUGACUUCUACUAGCAGCAAGGUUAUUUGUUUUUAAUUAGCGGAAAACUAGGAAUAGGAAAAAGUUAAUAAUGAAAGAGUCCUUUAAACCUGAAGCCACGACCGUCGGGGAAGGUGGGUCAAGCAGAGCUUCAGGUCAUGGACGUCAAAACAGUCUCGAAGAUAUGAAUCUCGACCAGUUCCUCAAAACCACCAACUAUGAAGAUACGGUGAAGCAAUUAGAUAUAUACUACGGAAUAGUUAAACGCCAACUUUUGCGUUUUCAAAGUCCCAUUACCGGUUUAUUUCCUGUAAUGAGUACUGACCAAGAAGUGGGGAGUGUUAGAGAUAGUAUAUAUUGUGCUGCAGCCGUAUGGAGUCUCUAUCAAGCAUAUCGACGCAUUGAUGACGAUCGUGGUAAGUCCUAUGAACUAGGACAGUCUACAGUGAAGUGCAUGAGAGGCAUUCUUCAAUGUUGGGUCAAACAAGCUCACCGAGUAGAGCUCUUCAAGCAAAGACAAUCAAAUCAGCAUGCUCUGCACAGUAAAUUCCACCUUCAUACGGGAGAAGAAAUCUAUUCUGAUGAUUUGUAUAACCAUCUUCAAAUCGAUGUGGUUUCACUGUACCUUAUUUUCUUGGUUCAGAUGAUAACCUCUGGACUGCAGAUUAUAUACACACAAGACGAAGUGGCUUUCAUUCAAAAUCUUGUAUACUAUGUAGAAAGAGCUUAUCGUACACCAGACUUUGGAAUGUGGGAACGUGGAUCUAAAUACAACAAUGCUACACCUGAAAUUCAUGCAUCUUCAAUUGGAAUGGCAAAGUCGGCUCUUGAAGCAAUAAAUGGAUGCAAUCUGUUUGGAGAGAAAGGUGCAUCUUGGAGUGUCGUUUAUGUUGAUAUUGAUGCACAUAAUCGAAACAGAAGUAUUUUUGAAACUAUGCUUCCAAGAGAAUCCAGUUCAAAGGGAGUAGAUUCGUCUCUUCUGUUGACUCUGUCCUUUCCUGCUUUUGGUUCGCACGAAGAAAGCCUCGUUGACCAAACUAAAAUGAAUGUCAUCAAAAGAUUACGCUGCAAGAAAGGUUUCAAACGUUUUAGCCGAGAUGGAUAUCUAAGUAAAAUUGAAGACAAAUCACGAAGAUACUAUCAUAAUGGAGAAAUAAAAGAUUUUGAAGGCUACGAAUGCGAAUGGCCGCUAUUUUUUAUUGUCAUGAUCAUCGAUGGAGUUUUUAAAAACAAUCCUGAACAAAUUGAGGAAUAUCAAAAUGAUCUACGACGUUGCAUGCACACAGACGAACACGGCGAUCCAUUUGUUACCAUGUUUUAUGCUCCAGAUGGAGAAGGAUCUUAUCUCCGAGCUCCAUCUCAGUCGUUAUUUCUUUGGGGACAAUCUCUAUUCAUUAUAGCUCAACUCCUAACAGGCGGUCUAUUGCACAUUAAUGAACUAGAUCCAAUCCGUCGUUAUUUGCCAAGUUACAAUAGACCACGUCGAGGUGGACGCUACUCAGCCUUUCAAGGAAAAGCUGAUGAUGGCCAUAACGGAACAGCAACCGAUUUAGUUGUUCAAAUCGUACUUAUUGCCGAAUCAAUGCGCCUACAAGCCAUGAUGGGAACAUAUGGUAUUCAAACUCAGACACCUCAUGAGGUCGAACCUGUCCAAAUUUGGUCAUCGACAGAAUUAAUCAAAGUCUAUCAACAUCUUGGAGUUAACAACAAAGUUGGACUAACAGGCCGUCCACCACGUCCUGUUGGUUCAUUGGGCACCAGCAAAGUGUAUCGAAUUUGUGGCAUGAGUGUUCUGUGCUACCCUCUCAUCUUUGAAGUUUCUGAUUUUUACUUGUACCGAGAUAUGGCACUCCUUAUAGAUGACAUCAAAACCGAACUUCAGUUUGUUGGUAAAUACUGGCGCUUAUCAGGACGUCCAACUGUAUGUUUGUUGAUUCGAGAAGAACACAUGCGUGAUCCUCAAUUUAAAGAAAUGUUGGAUUUGCUUGCCAUGCUUAAGAAAGGAUACUGCGAUGGAAUGAAAGUUCGCAUAGGUCGAUUGCAAAAUUUAAUCAGUAGUUCCUGUAUAGAACAUUUGGAUUUCAUGAACCAAAGCGAUUUGUCUGACAAUGAGAAUGCCUUUGCUCAAAUUAAUCAUGAGUACAUUGGUUAUCAGAGUUUAACAGAUGUACCAAAGGCACUAAGCUAUGUUGAAGAACAGAUGUCAUGUGAGGAAUACAUGUCAAAACCCACUAGCGAUAUUAUCGAAGCCCUUCGUAAAACUGAUUCUAUAUAUGCGCUGUGUCAACUUUGGGGCUACCUUUUGACGCGCGAAGGACCACAAUUCGAAGUAAAUGGAAUGAGUGUUAACCAAGCCUGUACACAACUUUAUCAUCGUGCUGGUUCAUUACGUUAUUGGAGAGCAGUUCGGUAUUGCAGUUCCUUGUUGCAUCAUAUUGUAGAUUCUAUAAGUCCCUUCAUUACAACCGUUUUGGUGAACGGCAAGGAAUUGACUGUUGGAGUAAUUGGUCAGAAGGAAACAGUUUUUGACAAACCCAUGACACCCGCCGAGAUACAAAAUGUUAUGUAUACUAGCGUGCAACCCUACAAUGUUAUACAAGCUGUGUUGCAACAAGAAGUUGUAUUAUAUUGUGGCAGACUUAUUGCAACAAACCCCAAUAUGUUCAGAGGAAUUCUUAAGAUUAGAGUUGGUUGGGUUCUUGAAGCUAUUCGAAUCUAUCUUCGAAUUGCUGGUCAAAAAACUUGUGACUUGGAUAAUCUUUCGCCUUUCCAAGUGCGUAUUUUGCUUCAAAAAGUUCUGACUGUUAGCGAAUGGGCUGCUGAAGAGAAAUUGACAACUUUGGAACGACGUCAACUUGAAGGAUCGCUUUGCCGUGUGCCAAAACACUUCUAUAACAAAGUUUGGGAUAUUUUGCAAAGAACUCCUCAGGGUAUUAUAACUGAAAAUCAUCAUCUUCCUGCUUCUCCUACUCUUACCAAUAUGAGUCGGGGUGAAUUGACAUUUUCCUUACUUGUCGAGGAAACACUUAUCUGCAUUAAGCAACCUGAGCGUCGUCAAUUAACAGUUGAAUUGAUUUGUAUUAUCGCUACAAUUCUAAGUAGAAAUCCGGAACUGAGAUUCGCACAGGCCCUUAACUUGGACGAAAUUCUUAUAGAAGCUUUUGUUAUGUAUUGUAAGGAUAAUAAAAUUCAGUUAGAUAAUAAAAAACUGGAAACCAAAGAUAUAUCUCCUUUCUAUGCAUUGGUUUAUGCAGAAACAACUGGUUAUUUGGCUAGAGCCGCAGUCAACAAAGUUCUUCAAGGUGGAGCACUUUCGCCACAAGGAGAGAACAACAGCGAUAUUCAUGACGAAACUUGUAAAGUUUCCUAAUAUUAAGAUAAAAAGAAUUAUUAUUUGCGUUGUUUGUAAUAAUUUGUUAUGAAGUAUUUUACUAAAUGUUUGAAUUGUCAAAAAAAAUAUGGCGAAAUUGUUUUGCUGAUUGUUUAUUACGAUUGUAAUAUUUGAGAGUGAUAGAUAUGAUACUUACAAAAUAGAGUUCUUAUGUUUUAUCUAA